AGGGAGAGAAGCAAGGAAGAAGGAAACUAGUUCUAAAAACUGUAUGUUCAUAUUUUAUACAAGUCUGUGGUCUAUCAGCUAGCUCUAUCAUAGUAUGUAACUAUCAUAUAUUUACUCCCUUUUUCAAUUUUUCUUUUCUCCUGUAGCAUGUUUUUGAUCCAGAGGAGACUCUGUUCCCUUGGCAGUAGAGCAAAAUUUCUAAAGACAAUUUAUUCUUCAAAAAUCCUUGGAUUCUCUACUUCUGCUAAAAUGGCUUUGAAAUUCAAAAAUGCAAAACGAAUUGAAGGACUUGAUAGUAAUGUAUGGAUUGAAUUUACCAAGUUAGCUGCAGAUCCUUCUGUUGUGAAUCUUGGCCAAGGGCUUCCAGACAUCUCCCCUCCUACAUAUGUAAAAGAAGAAUUAUCAAAGAUUGCAUUAAUUGAUGGCCUGAAUCAGUAUACACGAGGCUUUGGUCAUCCAUCACUUGUGAAAGCUCUGUCCUGCCUAUAUGAAAAAUGUUAUCAAAAUCAAAUCAAUCCAGAUAAAGAAAUCCUUGUGACAGUAGGAGCAUAUGGAUCCCUUUUUAAUGCCAUUCAAGGAUUAGUUGAAGAAGGAGAUGAAGUCAUAAUAAUGGUGCCUUUUUAUGAUUGCUAUGAGCCCAUGGUGAGAAUGGCUGGAGCAACACCAGUUUUUAUUCCCCUAAGAUCUAAACCUAUUGAUGGGGAAAAAUGGUCUAGUUCUGACUGGACGUUGGAUCCUCAAGAACUGGAGAGUAAAUUUAAUUCUAAAACCAAAGCCAUUAUCUUAAAUACGCCACAUAAUCCCAUCGGCAAGGUGUACACCAAAGAAGAGCUCCAAGUAAUUGCUGACCUUUGCAUCAAAUAUGACACUCUCUGCAUCAGUGAUGAAGUUUAUGAAUGGCUUGUGUACACUGGAAAUAAGCACUUAAAAAUAGCCACUUUUCCGGGUAUGUGGGAGAGGACAAUAACAAUAGGAAGUGCUGGGAAGACUUUCAGUGUGACUGGCUGGAAGCUUGGCUGGUCCAUUGGCCCUAAUCAUUUGAUAAAACAUUUACAGACCGUACAACAAAACACCAUUUAUACCUGUGCAACUCCUUUGCAGGAAGCCUUGGCUCAAGCUUUUUGGAUUGACAUCAAACGUAUGGAUGACCCAGAGUGUUACUUUAAUUCUUUGCCAAGAGAGUUAGAAGUAAAAAGGGAUCGGAUGGUACAUUUACUUGAAAGUGUUGGCCUAAAACCCAUAGUUCCUGAUGGCGGAUACUUCAUCAUUGCUGAUGUGUCUUCACUAGAUGCCGACCUCUCUGAUAUGAAGAAUAACGAGCCUUAUGACUAUAAAUUUGUGAAGUGGAUGACUAAAAAUAAGAAACUAUCAGCCAUCCCUGUGUCAGCAUUCUGUAACUCAGAGACUAAAUCACAGUUUGAGAAGUUUGUGCGGUUUUGCUUCAUUAAAAAAGACAGCACACUGGAUGCUGCUGAGGAAAUCAUCAAGGCAUGGAGCAGACAGAAGUCCUGAUGUGUGCAGAAUGUUAGUAAUUUCCACUACAUGACUAGUAUGAAAUUGCUACUCAGUGCUGCCACCUGCUGGAUUUUGAAAAGCAUAUAUUUCAGUAAAAAUAAACUUUUUUUUCACUUUUUCCAAAGUUAACCCCAUUCCUAACAAUAUGCAGGAGACUUGAUUUUUUUUUCAAUAAGAAAUCUAUUAAAACAUCUUCCAGUAUCAUUUUAUGAGCGACAACAUAGCAUAGUGUAUAAGUGAGAAAAUCGUAACCCUCUGUGCUUCAUUUUCCUCAUUCUAAAAAGGAAAAAAAAUAGCACCUACUUCUUGUAAAGCUCAUUUUUUAGGAACUUCUAUGUAAAGCCUACCAAACAACAAGCACUGUCAUGGUGUUACCCAGUUUCACCUCUCUGUUGUGUAAAGAAUUAACCAGUUACAUCCCCUCUGACCCUCUCUGCACUUACAGUACCUUACCAAUGACCCUGAAAUUUGCUGGUGGUUUUGCCUCUAUUUUAAGUACUGUCCUUAUUUGGGGUGGCUUCAAGGUCCACAAGAACGAUUUAGGCUUCCUGUACCUUGACAUCUUCAUUUCUGGUGAUGUUCACCUCUAUUCUACUUCAGUCACCCACUCCCUUG